CCGCGCGGCGGUGUCUGGGAUCUUCCUCCUCUCUGACUGACUGACUGACUGACAGCGGGCGGCGCCAUGGCCGCGGAUCGGCGCGCCAAGGCCGACACGCUGUCACUGAGACGGCGGCUCCUCAGCUCCUCCUGCACACUCUUUUUCCCUGAGGAUCCUGUGAAGAUAGUCCGAGGCCAAGGGCAGUACCUAUAUGACGAACAAGGGGCGGAAUACAUCGAUUGCAUCAACAACGUGGCUCACGUCGGGCACUGCCACCCUGUUGUGGUUCAAGCUGCACACGACCAGAACCAGGUGCUCAACACCAACAGCCGCUACCUGCAUGACAACAUCGUGGAUUUUGCACAGAGGCUGUCGGAGACCCUGCCGGAGAAACUCUGUGUGUUUUAUUUCCUGAAUUCUGGGUCAGAAGCCAAUGACCUGGCCUUGCGGCUGGCCCGCCAGUACACAGGACACCAGGACGUGGUGGUGGUAGACCAUGCUUAUCACGGUCACCUGAGCUCCCUGAUCGACAUCAGCCCCUACAAGUUCCGAGACCUGGAUGGCCAGAAGGAGUGGGUCCACGUGGCACCUCUCCCGGACACAUACCGAGGCCUCUACCGAGAGGACCACCCCAACCCAGCGGAGGCCUAUGCCGAGGAUGUGAAGCAUGUGAUCGCCCGUGCUCAGGAGAAGGGCCGGAAGAUCGCAGCCUUCUUUGCUGAGUCUCUUCCCAGUGUUGGCGGGCAGAUCAUUCCUCCUGCUGGCUACUUCCCCCGAGUGGCAGAGCACGUCCACAGAGCAGGAGGGGUCUUCGUGGCAGAUGAGAUCCAGGUUGGCUUUGGCCGAGUGGGCAAGCACUUCUGGGCCUUUCAGCUGCAGGGGGAAGACUUUGUCCCUGACAUUGUCACCAUGGGCAAGUCCAUUGGCAAUGGCCACCCUGUUGCAUGUGUGGCCACCACCCAAGCUGUGGCGAGUGCAUUUGAAGCCACUGGCGUGGAAUACUUCAACACAUUUGGUGGCAACCCUGUAUCCUGUGCUGUGGGCCUGGCAGUCCUAGAUGUCUUGGAGCAGCAGCAGCUCCAGGCACAUGCCACCUGUGUAGGCAGCUUCCUGAUGGAGCUCCUAAGGCAGCAAAAAGCCAAACAUCCCAUCAUCGGGGACAUCAGGGGCAUUGGGCUCUUUGUGGGUGUAGAACUGGUCAGAGAUGAAGCCACAAGGACGCCAGCCGCUGAAGAGGCCAAGUACCUGGUAUCCAGGCUCAAGGAAAACUACAUCUUGCUGAGCAUUGAUGGUCCUGGGAGGAAUGUCCUGAAGUUUAAGCCCCCCAUGUGCUUUAGCCUGGACAAUGCACGACAUGUGGUAACCAAGAUGGAUGCCAUUCUGACAGAUAUGGAACAGACAGUGAGAAGCUGCGAGACCCUGAGGCUCCGGCCCUAAGCUGGUUCCCAAAUCAAGCAUUCUCCAGAAGAUACUCAUCCCACUCAAAUACUCUCUUGAGACUAUGACCACCACCACCUUACAGAUAAAGCCUGCGGCUCAAGGGUAGGGCCACUUUAUUGUGGAUAGACUGUAUGCCUACAACUUAAAAUUAGUUACAGGCAGUUCUGGUACACACAGUCUCCUCCACACACAAACCUGCUCCCCUACCACGUGACUUUUCCUAUCCUACAGCAUUAAAUAUGGAAUGCAGCCAAUUGCAUACACUUAUUUCCAAGACCCAGCAGCAGUUCUUACUGCAGUGCACAACUCCAGCCCACUCUACCUGUCCUACCAUGCCACAUCUUCAACUCCUAAC